AUGGCGGAAACUGUUCUUCUCGUCGCUGAUGUGCAGAAUGGCGUCGUGGAUCUGGUCCUCGGCAGUUCAAGCCACAAGGAUGAAUAUCUUCGACGCAUGUCCACUGCCAUCAUUGCCGCUCGCAGGGCUGGUGUACAGGUCAUUUACUGUGUCAUAGACCUUCGCAAGGGCUACCCUGAAGUGAAAGUCAACAGCGCCCUCCACAAUGCCCUUAAAUUUAUGGGCAGGUUUCUCCAAAGCGAUGGCUCCACCGACAUACACGCAGACAUAGCGCCUCAGGAGGGCGACCUGCUUGUUCAUAAGCGUCGUGUAUCGGCCUUUGUUGGGAGCGACUUGGAGAUCAUCCUGCGCAGCCAGGGUAUCGAGAAUCUGAUUGUGACAGGUUUAUCGACAAGUGGUGUUGUGCUGUCUACGGUUCGCCAAGCAGCGGAUUUGGACUUCAACGUCACUGUGCUGGAGGAUCUUUGUUUUGAGAUGGAAUCUCAGGAGGAUACGCACAAGUUGCUGAUUGAGAAAGUCUUUCCUGCCCAGGCUACGGUGAAGACAUCGCAGGCCUGGAUUGAUGGCCUGUAA